AAUAAGCAGUCCAUCGCCAUGUUUCAGACAGAAGCAUCUGUCAAACGUUAAUAAUAGUUUUAUUCAUCUUUAUGUUUGUGAGAGUAUUAACGCAAACACGUUUGUUGUUUGUUCCCCAAGGACAGAGGUCCAGUGGAUGGUUGGAGUGCAGGAGGGUGUUUUUACAAGUGUUUUUUAAUACAAUAAAAGUGCCACACAAUGCACCAUGGAGGAGGCCCACAAAAUGUGCAGAGGACUCUUCAGAGAACCAAGUCUGUCACUGGAUCUGAGACAGAAGACCAGCAGCCACAACAACAGCAGCAGCCGAUGGCGGUUUCCCAGCAACAGCCGGCAAAUGCCAAUCACCCCCAGUCUCCGGUGACAUCUUUUGCCCCAUCCGCGAGUCCCUCCGCUCCACAGUCUCCAAACUAUCAAAUCAUCAUGAGUCGAAGUCCCGUUACGGGCCAGAACAUGAACUUCACUUUACAGAACGUUGGACCAGUUGUUCCUGGGAACCAGCAGAUCACCCUCACCUCUCUGCCUCUGCAGAGCCCAGCCUCCCCUGGCUUUCAGCACCAGCCCCAGUGGAGGUUCGAGCCUGGGUCAUCACCUUAUAUACAGGUGGCAUCACCCUUGCCCCAGAACAUGCAACCCCAGAACAUGCAACCCCAGAGUCCCACCCAGCACAGUCCAGUCCCCAUACAGGCUGUUACCAGACCGGGCGCUCCUGGGUCUGCUCUGGGAGUGUGCGGUCAGAGCCCGACCCGGUUUGUUGAGGCUGGUAUAAUGGUUAGGCAUAUCAGCUUGAGCCCACCUGCAGGUAGCCAUUUUGUGUACCAGGAUGGAACAGGAUUGGCUCAGCUGGCUCCGAACACAGCAGGAGCCGUUCAGCUUUCCUCUUCAGGGACACCGGGGACAAUUAGAGAAAGACGCCUAUCCCAGCCUCACUCUCAAACGGGUGGCACCAUUCACCAUUUAGGUCCGCAGAGUCCCGUCGCGUCUGGGGCCACUCUCCAGACCUUGGGGAGCCCUGGGCACAUCACCACCUCUAAUUUGCCACCUCAGAUCAGUAGCAUCAUCCAAGACCAGUUAGCCCGACCCACACAGGGCAUGGCAGCCCCUUCGAUGACUUCUUUUGGAGUCCCUUCCAGCAUCCCUCCCUCCAGCCCAUCCAUGAGCAACCCACCCCAGGGCUCCAACCCAUCGCUAACCCCCUCGAGCAUGAAGAAGAUGCAGCCGAAGAAACUGGAAGAGAUCGUACCCUCAAGUCCAGAAGUGGCACAGUUGAGGAAGCAGUGCUUGGAGCAUCAUGUGAAGAAGAUGGAUAGUCUGAAGGAGGUCUUUAAGGAGUAUCUGAUCGAGCUCUUUUUCCUCCAGCACCUGCAGGGAAAUAUGAUGGACUAUAUUGCUUUCAAGAAAAAGCCUUGCGUGCCCCUUUCCACCUACUUGAAGCAAAACGAUCUUGACCUUGAGGAUGAAGAGGAGGAGGAAGAACAGUCUGAAGUCAUAAACGAUGAGGUGAAAGUAGUGACUGGAAAGGAUGGACAGACGGCGACUCCUGUUGCUAUAGCUACUCAACUCCCACCCAACGUGUCUGCAGCGUUCUCUGCUCAGCAGCAGUUCCAGGCCCAUGGUGGGGUGGCUGGUGGUAGCAUCUCCAACCCUAUGGACAUGGAGGCUUUCAAACGGCAGCAAGCCAUGGUCCAAGCAGGAGGUAUGCCCCCCAGCCCACAGACGGUCCAGAUUGGUGGGCAGAAACAGAACCAACAGCAGUACGACCACUCCAAAGGCCCACCAGUACAGAACGCGGCCAGCCUUCACACUCCACCCCCACAGCUCCCAGGUCGCCUUCCCCAAGGUGGGCUCCCCAUGACGGGGCUGGCCCUCUCCCUUUCCCAAGGUCAGGCCAUGGUGCUGGACCAACAGACUCAGGCUGCAGGAUGUCAACUCCAGGCACAUAUCAAGGCCGCGCAGGGUACCGGAUCCAUGCUGACUCCGGUCAUCCCGCAUGUGCAGUUGCAAGCCCAGCUUCAGAUGCAGUCAGGACUCCACCUACAGAUGCAGCAACCGCUCAUGCAGACUGGGCAGGCAACUGUGGCGCUUGUGCGACCCGGAUCAGAUGUUUCCCAGCCCGCCCAGCGUUUGAUGUCCAACUCUCUUUCCAACCCUUCUAUGUCUCCUGCCCCGCUCACAUCCGCAACGUCUCUACCAUCUUCACAUCCUUCUGCCCCGGUCCGCACCCCUAGCACUGGCCCAAACCUCUCCACUGCUGCCCAGUCCAAACUCGCUGCAACAAAUGGCACCGCCGGGCUCAGAUUUUCCGGGAUGGGACAGUCUCCAGUCGGGCAGAACUCACAGGAAUACUCUCAGGACAAGCAAGCAGAGCAAGCCAAACUGGAGAGUCAUGUGCACCAGCGCAUCGCAGAGCUCCGUAAAGAGGGCCAGUGGUCGGCAAGUCGCUUACCCAAGCUGCAGGAGGGCUGCAGGCCCAAAUCCCAUUGGGACUAUCUGCUGGAGGAGAUGCAAUGGAUGGCUGCAGACUUCGCUCAGGAGAGACGCUGGAAGAUGGCUGCCGCCAAGAAGCUUGUUCGCACUUGUGCACGUUACCAUGACGAGCUAAAGAAGACCAAGGAGCGAGAGAAGAGGGAGGAGGAGAUGAGGCUGCGGCACAUUGCCAGCACCAUUGCUCGCAGCGUUGACUACUUCUGGUCCAAUAUUGAACAGGUUGUUGAAAUCAAGCUGCGUUUCGAGGUAUAUGACAAACAACAUAAAGUUGUUAGCAUGCCGAAAACACCAAAAAAAGGGCAGUGCGCUAAACCAGCCCAGCCAGUAGAGAAGUCAGAAAAAGAGAGUAAAGUGCAGGAGGCUGGUCCAUCCCGCAAGAGAAAGUCAAGCUCCUCUCUAUCAGAUGUAGAGGUUGAAGAUGAGGAGAGUACAAUAGAAGAACAGGAGGCUACAGAGGUCGCAGCGGAUCAGAAAGCAGAGCUGGCCAAACUGACUAAAGAGGCUGAGGUGCCGUUGGAUGAUCUGGUAAAGCAGUAUGCGGGCGCGUAUGCCGAGGGAUUUGAGUGGCCACAGCCCUGCAGCCAGAGUGAGGACGAAGAUAAAGAGGAAGCCGAUGAGUCCACAUUGGACAGUCCACAUGAUGCAGUGCUCAUAGACUCUCUGCUGAGCAUAGAACAGUACCGUGGGGCUGAGCGAUCAGCUACUGGGGCUGAUGGGAAGCCUGCAAAGGAUAUCGCAGAGGUUGCUGCGGCGACAGACCUCAUUCUGCCCAAAGGCAGCGCCAGGACUGCUCUAACUGGUCAUUUCUCUCCUCCUGGACUUCUGCAUGGCUCUUUGAGGGACUACCAGCAGGUCGGGGUAGAGUGGCUGGCAAGUCUCCAUCGCAAAAAACUCAACGGCAUCCUGGCAGAUGAAUCCGGCCUUGGCAAAACCGUACAGACCGUCGCUUACUUUGCUCAUCUGGCUUGCAAUCAGGGUAUCUGGGGGCCGCACCUGGUGGUCGUGAGGACGUGUAAGCUGCUAAACUGGGAAAUGGAGUUUAAACGCUGGUGUCCAGGACUGAAGAUCCUCCUGUAUCUCGGCAGUAGAAAGCAGCGCAGAUAUAAGAGAUCGAGGUGGUGUGAGCCCAACAGCUUCCACGUGUGUGUGACAUCAUACAAGCUCUUACUGAAAGAUCACGCUCAUUUCUUGAGGAGACGCUGGAGACACCUAGUGCUGGAUGAAGUUCAGCUCAUCAAAAACAUGACAGAGAAACACUGGGAGACUGUCUUCAAUAUCAAAAGUCAUCAGAGGAUCCUCCUAAUCAACACCCCGCUGCAGAACACUCUGAAAGAGUUAUGGACCAUGAUCCACUUCCUCCUGCCUGGAAUCACUCACCCGUACCUCAACUUCCCUGUCAAACCCGGCACCGACCAGAACCAGGACUACUGCCACAAACUUGUCAUCAGACUACACAGGAUGAUUCAGCCGUUCAUCCUGCGUCGCUCUAAAAGAGAUGUCGAGAAGCAACUUCCCAAGAAGUAUGAGCACAUCCUGAAGUGUCGUCUGUCCAAGAGGCAGAAGAGCUUUUACGAGGACAUUCUCAUCCAGCCCAGUGCACAGGAGGCUCUAAAGACAGGCCACUUUGUGAGAGUCCUAGAGGUUCUUAUGCAGCUGCAGAGGAUCUGUAACCAUCCCGACUUGAUCCAGCCCAGAGACACACACAGCUCUUACAUAUGUCAGCCUCUGCAGUACAACACCCCAUCAUUACUGCUCACCGCUCUUCAGCAGGACCAAUGGAAGACUGUAGAUAUGUCUAUGUUUGAUCUGAUCGGUAACGAAGGCAAAUUGACCCGUUAUGAGGCGGAGGAGGUUCUUCCCAAACUCAGAAUGACCAAACAACUGAUAGAAGAGAUCUACAACGCACCUGAGCCUCCACCCAGACCCAGACAGUGCAAAAUCAAACCCAUGAGGUUGUUCCUACCAGUGCAGUAUGGUACUAAACCAGAAGGCCGCCUGGUCCCUAUGACCACCAGCACCGCUCAGGCCCCUCGUACCAAUGCUGUAACUACUGCCUCCACUACUACUACUGCUACCCAGAGUACACAGCCCAGGGGCAAACCGACUCUUACCAGCACUACUUCCACACAGGCCUCAACAAUCAGCUCAUCCGGACCACUCUUAACGGGAGCCGCCCCUAAUCCCCCCUCUACCCCUCUGGCUUUGGGGGGUGCUGUUGCCCCCCAGGCCCCUGCCGCCCAAACCCUCCAGCCCAGCUUGGUAUCCCAGAGGCUGGUGCUCACCUCCCAGGCACGCUUGCCUAGUGGAGAUGGAGUGAAGGUUACUCAGUUGGGCCGCAUCGGCCAGCCGGAGACCCCCGUGACCCUGCAGUUCCAAGGCAACAAGUUCACCUUGUCCCCGAGUCAGCUUCGCCAGCUCACCACCGGCCAGCCCCUGCAUCUUCAAGGUACACUCGGUAACAUUCUGCAGAUUGUGACAGCACCUGGACAACCUCUUCUUAGGCCACAAGGGUCGGCCAUGGUGAUGCCCACGGUGCCCCAGGCUGUUCCUGUCCAAAACUCGUCAGGCACCCCACCUCCUGCCACAACAGUGCAAGGAAGCGGCGUGGCAGUCACAGCUCCAGCAACCACAGACACGGAUACGAAACCUUCAACCAACGCCAUAUCACAAGAGUCAAGUGAGGAAAGAAACAGACUGCUAAAGGAGCGUCUGACCUGUUUGUUUCACGCGAACGGGCGAAGAUCAUCACGCUUCGUUCUGUACGGCUCCGACCUUAUCGAGUCCUGCUCAGUUUAUGAGGGACGUCCUCCGCCUGCCUUUCCCGCUCCCCAGCAUUCCCGCUGGGCCUGGGUGGGCAGAGACAGCUGCAUGAGAGCUCAGCAGACGUUCGUGUCCACAGCCGCUCCUCUUCGCUCUGCCAUCCUCUCCAACAUGAAGCAGCAGGAAGCAGCAGGCAGCCUGGUCAAAACAUUCUCCUGCAUACUUCCUGCUGCUGUGGCCCCUCCCCCUCAGUUGUAUGCAGCCAAUCCCCCGGCCUCGUACAGCCUUGUACAGAAGUCAUUCAGACGGCAGCUGCAGGAAGUGUCCGCUCCACAUAACGCAGAGAUCCGUAGUCUGGCCUGUCCCACUGUGGUCAGCUUCUCAGAUGUGCACAUGCUAGAGAUGGAUUCAGGGAAACUGGAGGCUCUGUCCAUCUUGCUGCAGAAGCUGAGCGCUGAGAACAGACGUGUCCUGAUCUUCACACAGAUGGCCAGCAUGUUAGACAUACUAGAGGCCUUUUUAGACCACCAUCAGCUGACCUACGUACGGCUAGACGAGAGUCUGUCACUGGAGGAGAGACAGGAGCAGGUCAAGAAGUUUAACCGCAACAGACAGAUCUUCUGCACCAUCUUGACCAAUCGCUGCUGCUUGGCCAUGGGUCACGUCUUUGACGCCGACACCAUCGUGUUCUACGACACCGAUCUGAACCCAAACAUGGACAUGCGCACACAGGAGUGGUGCGACAAGAUCGGACGCUCCAAAGACAUCCACAUAUACAGGUUGGAGAGUGGGAACUCCAUUGAGGAGAAGCUCCUGAAGAAUGGCACUAAGGAUCUUAUACGAGAGGUGGCAGCGCAGGGCAUGGACUACACGCUGGCCUUUUUAACACAGCGCACCAUUCAAGAUCUGUUCGAGGUUGAGGCUGGCUCGGGAGAGAAGGUGGAGGAGUUUGUGGUUCUGCACCAGGACCCAUCACCAUCUGAAUCCAUCCCUCCUCACGUGGCCAGACCGUACAUCCAGGCCCUGAACAGCAUCCGUCUGGAAACCCAGCACGAAGAGGAGGUAGAAAGACAAGAGAAGGAGGUGAAGGGAGAAGAAGAAGAGAUGGAAGAAGGUGUGAGUGGGGAGGCGUCACAUUUCGAAGAGCUGGCAGCAGUUAUGGAGCAGCUGACCCCUAUUGAGAGAUAUGCACUGCAGUAUCUGGAGUACCUACACAUCAGUGAAGAUGAACAGAUGGUGAAGGAGCGAAUAGAGGCUGCAAAGAGAACCUGGGAACUUCAGCAACAGCAGAAACUAAAGGUGGAGAGAGAGGAGCAGAUGAUGCUUGAAGAUGAGGAGGAUCUGUUUACGUACACCAGAGAGGACGCAUACAACAUGGAGUAUGUGUUUGAGAAUGAGGAUGGACAAACAGAAAUUAUGCCGCUGUGGACUCCUCCAACCCCGCCACAGGAUGACAACGACAUCUACAUUGAUUCUGUGAUGUGCCUCAUGUAUGACUCUGCACCCAUGCUGGAGUCCAAACUGCCUCCGGUCUACGUCCGCAAAGAGCGCAAGAGACACAUGGACCCAUCAGCUGUGGGCCGUAAGAAGAAGAAGGGCCAUGGAGAAACUGUGAUUCCUCCACGCUCUCUCUUCGACAAGGCCAGUCUGCUCAAGGUCAGACGAGAAGGCAAAGACCAGAAGAAAAACUUCUCUCUGAAGCAACAAGCUCCUUUCGCCAAACCGCUUCCCUCGCUGCUUAAACCAGCCAUGGAGGCCGGACAGGACAAUCCUGAGUGGCUCAUCACUGAGGACUGGGCCCUGCUGCAGGCAGUGAAACAGUUACUGGAGCUUCCUCUGAACCUGACCAUAGUGUCUCCAGCUCACACUCCUAACUGGGACCUAGUGAGCGACGUGGUCAACUCCUGCAGCAGGAUCUAUCGCUCGCCCAAACAGUGUCGUAACCGCUAUGAGAACGUCAUCAUUCCCAGAGAGGAGGGCAAGCUAAUAUAUGAAGCUAACCCAAAAAAGAACAAGACCAAGAGCAUUUAUAAGUCCAAGAACAGUCGUCCUCUUCGCACGUGCCAGAUCUACAUGCAGGAUGACAACGCCACCCAGAUCCAGCUAUACAACAACCGCUUUGAGCUAAUGAAAAUCAUCGCUAGCAAGAGAAGCCCACCCAUUAAACCACUGCUGGGCAUGAAUCCAUUCCAGAAGAACCCCAAGCACGCCUCUGUGCUGGCUGAGAGUGGAAUAAGCUACGAUAAGCCUCUUCCUCCUAUCCAGGUGGCCUCUCAGAGAGCUGACCGAAUCGCUAAAGAGAAGAAGGCACUGGCCGAACAGCAAAAGGCCCAGCAGUUAUCCCAACAGCAGCAGGCCGCGAGUGCCGUCCAACCACAGGGGGCCGCCGCUCAGCCACAGGCCUCUGCAGCAGGAGCGCAGGUCGCGGGAGUCCCCCAGCCCGGAGUGGCCGCUGUCCCAAACACUGCUGUACUGACUGGCACUCUCAAGACUGCUACAGUGGGCACAAGCAUCCAGCCAGCAGCCGCUACAGUUAGUGGGAAUGUGAUCGUGAAUACGUUGGCGGGAGUUCCUCCCAGUCAGUUCCAGGCUAACAAGCGUCUGGCGUCUCCUGUUAUACCCGGAGCCCUGCCUGCAGCAGGAACGGCUACCGCUCAGUUGGUUCACACCCAACAGAGAGCAGUAACGGCAGCUGCUGCCCCGGCAGAGGUCGUCGCCAUAGCAACAGGACAGGGCGUGAGGGCCGUCACCCCGGUGACCGCAUCAGCAGUGGUGUCUAAUAAUUUGACUCCAGCUGUGGGUAUGCAGAUGUCUCAGGGUAAGCAAAUCACACAAGCUCAACUUCAGAUCCUCAGACAGCAACAGUUACAACAAGCUGCAUCUCCUCAGAUCAAAACAGUGGGAAAACCACAGCAGAAGCAGAAGUUGCAGAUGACCCAGCAGCAGGUCGCAGCUGCAGUAGCUGUAGCUCAGGGUCAGCAGGCAUCACCCACACAGCAGCCUCAACAGGUGCAGGCAGCACCAGCGACUCAAGGCAACCCUCAACUAACCGCCGUUGCUGCACCCAGAGCAGGAGCAAUGCUCACCGGAACCACCGUCACCAACUUACAAGUCGCCAGACUGACACGUGUGCCGGCUCCAGGAUCCAUACAGGCUCAGCCAGGUCAAACUGCCCAGGUGACGCUGACCAAACCACCUCCCGUAGUCUCUGUUCCUGUGGUGUCGUCCGCUGGGGUCACGACCCUUCCCGUUACCGUAGCUGGCAUUAGCGUUGCCAUCGGACAGGCUCAGAAAGCAGGUGGUCAGGUGGUCACCCACCCGUUCCAGGUUCAACAUGUUCAACAGCUAUUACACAGACAGAAGCAGCAGAGCCCUGCACAGGCAGCCGCAGUCCAGAAAGCAGCACAGCCAGGGCAAACACAGGCUGCUGUGCAACAAAAGGCCGCUCAGCCCACAGCACAACAGCAGCAGCAGAAAGUGACGUAUGCCACAUCUCCUCAGCUGCAGCAAGGCAUUAAGACGCAGUUCUUUACCACGUCCAUCGCACAGCCUCAGAAACCAGCACAGCAGAUACAGGUUGCUAAGAUUCCUCAAAUAGUACAGCAGCAGAUAGUGUCCUCACCUCAACAGAUCCAGGCGCAACCUCAGACGGUGGCCCUGACCCAGGCUCCUUCUGCGGGUUUGGCACAGGUGCAGGUCAUCCCCGCCGGCACCGCCACGGCCACACAGGUGGUCCAGCAGAAGCUUCUCCAACAGCAGGUCGUCACGGCGGCGGCUGUCUCCCCUCAAAUACAAACCCCACCCCCCCAGAGCCCCGCCCAGCAACAGGCUGUUGCGGUGACCCCUGCAUCUGAGUCUCCUGUACAGCAGGCGGCCACUCCUCAGCCCCAGCAGGGCAAAGGAAACACCCGCACCGGGGCAGCCAUGCGUUCAAAGACCCCUGCCAAACCUAGCGGUGGCAGCUAAGAAGACGGACGUAUGCGGGCACAACAAAUAACAUCCGUUUUCUGUUUGUAAAGACUGUGGUCCUCAACCAUAGAUGUUCCAGUAGGAGGGGCACCAACUGUAACAGACAACAGUUGAAGUACAUGUGACUGGCUUGUACUGUAAGGCCAUCCGUACUAUUUUGACGCGUUUUUAACCCCUCUGUACGUGUCAAGAAGCAAGAUAGUUCAGACUGAAUUCAUGUUUAAGACACUCAGUAUAUGAUGGCUCAUUUUGUACGGAGUUAUGAAACGCUUGCUGUUGUUUUUCUACCACGCUACAAUGUUUAGGUCAUGGAUGAAGUGAGCUCGGAACGUAAACGCCACCGACCUUCUGCAACACUUCAUUUGGUGCGCCGGGAACUCCAGGGUUUUUGGCAUAUCUCAAUGCUUUUUCAUAAUGUUAAGUCAAGUUAUCAAUGUCCCCCCUUUUUUUUAAGUGAGUGUGAUUUCGUCCCUUUGCUGUUUGUGUAGGUAAACAAAAUAUAACCCUUUGAAAUGAUGGAUGGAUGAUGAACCAUGAUCAUGGUUAGUAAGUCAAAAUGGCCAACUACCUGAAGUUUCAUAAGGCUACUGAAAGACAAAGUUUUGUCACUUAUUGCUCAAAUGUACUCAUAGUAAAAAAAAAGGAUUCAUAGUAUAAGAAUUGAGUAUGUACAAUAGAUUGUGUCGUGAUGAUCAAAACCCCCCAAAACGAAUUAUUUCUAUACAGGUUUAUUUAGUAAGUAUCUUUUGAGAAGUGUGACUGCAACUGCAUAGGACACCACAUGAAAAUCGUCUAGUGAUGUUUGUGUAUGUUAAAUGUUUGUGCUCCGAAUGCUAUUUAAUGUCCACGAAUCAACACAAUAAUAAUAAUCCUGCACUGUAGCCAUUUAGUGCCAUUCAAAUUAGCGGCAGCUAUGAAAAGUAUCUCUCCCAACUUGGAAAAAUGUGUCCUAUUUGGAAACAUCUGUAAAGCAUUUUCUCUGUCCUUGUUUUUCUUAUGCAUAGUUAUGCACAACAUCACCAUUCGUCAGUUGAGUCAUACCUCAGGCUGGCUGUGUUUACACUGGCCUGGAUCAGUAAUUCAUAGAUUUAGAUCAAGACAUUUCUCCUUGUUUUUCUUCCCCUCGAUUUAAUGUAUCAGAUAUUCUGUCAACAAACACGUACUAAAAUAUCUCUUAACAUUGUGGCUUCGAGUCAGAAAUAUAACACGUCUUUUUGUAUUGAUGUUGGGUCAGGAACACAUGUAAAUAACGGGAGGGGGACAACUGCAUUUGUAUUUGUAAAGUACUUGUGUAUUCAUUUUUUUUUCAGCCUAAUUGUAUAAAAUGUUAUGUUUUUACACACACGUGCCUCGUGUUUCAAGAUGUAAAUGUACCUUAUAGUCAGCCGUCUCAAAAGACUUAAAACGUCUUGGAUUACAUUAACUCUGUGGUUUUGCUCAGUUUACACACUCUUUGUUUGUGUGAGGAUGUGUCAAUUGUUUCAGCUCAAUGACCAAACAAAAAAAAUGUUUUCCAGUAGAAA